UGUUUCCUGCAAAGAGAAUUACAUUUCUCCAGCAGCCAGACUCGUCCAGUCGUCUUCUACAGGCACACUAAAAUGGCGUCGGCUCCGGCAGAUUACAGCACAUACAGUCAGACCACUGCCCAGCAGCAAGGGUAUGCUGCUUAUGCUGCCCAGCCGACACAAAGCUAUGGGCAGUCUGCACAGCAGACCUAUGGUCAACAGAGUUAUGGAUCAUAUGCCCAACCUGCUGCUGCUGAUGGAAGUUACACUCAGACAACGCCUGCUGCUGCAGGCUAUACUCAGCAGCAGCAGCAACAGUAUGGAUCCUCAUAUGCCCAGCCAGCAGCAGCUGGCUAUCCUGCUGCCCAGUCAACCACUAAUACCUACUCCCAGUCAACCCAGAGUUAUGGAGCCAGUGGUUAUGACAGCACUCCUGCUGCUGCUGCGCCUGCUGCCUCCCAGUCUUACGGCUCUCAGCCAGGGUAUACUGCCCAGUCUGCCUACCCUGGUUAUGGCCAGCAGGCUGCUCCCACUGCACCACAGAGCUACAAUGCUAGCAGCCAGCCAGCCAGUUACAGCCAAAGUAGCUACUCCCAGCCAGCAGCUUAUGGCCAGCAACAAUCUGGCUACCAAGCCCAGCAGGCUAGCUAUGGUCAGCAGCCGGGGUACCAGCAGCAGACUCAGCAGCAGCAACAGGCUCCUCCUGCUUACCCUCCUCAGGCUUCUGGUUCCUAUGGUCAGCCUCCAGCAAGCCAGUACAGCCAGCAAGGUGGACCUCCUAGUUACAACCAGUCCAACCAUUACAGUAAUUACAGGCAGGAUGGCCAGGGUGGAAGUUCUGGUUACUCUGGCUCUGAGUCUUCAAGGUAUGCCGGGUCAGGGGACAGCAGAGGCCCUGGCCGGGAUGGCUUUGAUCGUGGUGGAAUGAUGCACCGUGGCCGUGGAGGCCGUGGAAUGGGCAGCGCUGGAGAACGAGGUGGCUUCAGUAAGCCUGGUGGACCAAUGAACAGCGAUGAGCGUGAAAUUGGACGACCUGAAGAGCAGGAUGACUCUGAAAACAGCACAAUCUACAUCACAGGAUUGACUGAGAAGGCUACCUUGGAGGAAAUGGCUGAAUUCUUUAAACAUGUUGGCCCCAUCAGGAUUAACCGCAGACUUGGCCAGCCUGCCAUCAACAUAUACACAGACAAGGACUCAGGAAAGCCCAAAGGAGAUGCCACCCUUUCCUACGAGGAGCCAAUCUGUGCCAAAGCAGCUGUAGAGCAUUUUGAUGGAAAGGAGUUCCAAAGUCGAAGGCUGAAGGUGUCGAUGGCACGCCGCAAGCCCAUGAUGGGUGGAAUGAGGGGCGGGAUGCCCAUGAGAGAUGGUAUGAUGGGUCGUGGAGGUAUGAUGGGCCGUGGAGGAGGAGGAGGAGAGCGUGGCGGGUUCGUCCCACGUGGCGGUCCUCGUGGGAUGGGUCGAGGUGGACCCACAGGAGGCAACAUGCAGCAGAGAGCUGGGGACUGGGAGUGUCCAAACCCGGGUUGUGGCAACCAGAACUUUGCCUGGAGGAUGGAGUGUAACCAGUGCAAAGCACCCAAACCAGAAGGGUUAGGUGGUGGCCCUCCUUUCCCCCCUGGAGGUGACAGAGGCAGAGGUGGAAUGGGGAUGCGUGGAGGCAGAGGUAUGGACCGUGGUGGGCCAGCCGGAGCUGGAGGCCCAGGUGGUCCUGGAGGUUUCCGUGGAGGUUGGGGAGGCGACCGUGGUGGCUUCAGAGGACGCGGUGGAAUGGAUAGAGGGGGUUUCCGUGGAGCCGGGCGUGGAGGACCACCCAUGGACCGAAUGGGUGGCAGAGGUGGAAGAGGAAUGGGCCCGCCAGGUGGAAAGAUGGAUAUGAGGGACCAUCGCCAGGAACGCAGAGAGCGACCCUAUUAAGAAACUUGUUGACUUUUCCUCUUGUGGAAUUCGAUUUUUAAGAUCAUUUUUAAUUUAUGAUUCCAUAUUGCAAUGGUUAUAGAGCUGCUUUCAAACAUCCUGUGCAGUUUCAUUCAACUCCUGUUUCCAUUUUUUAUUUAGUUUACCCAUGUUUAUUCCGCAUCUUAUAUUGUGCAUGUUUCUUUUGUUGCUUUUUUUAAAUGUGCUGAUUAGAUUUGACAUUGUUGUAAAAUGCUUCUUUUUUUCAUUUGUUACCUUAAUUGCUUCCCCUUUCCCAUAACUAGCAAUUGUAAGACGACAAAUUUGGGAAAUAAAGUUUUACUGAUUUGA